GGAUGGCAGGACAACAUGCCCGUGGUCACGAAACAUCAGACAUGGCAACUGCGGUGCAACUUGAGGCAGCAAUCGAGAGAAUAAAUAUUACGAUGACUCCUUCAAAGUCAGGUUCCGCAGCUCUUAGGAGCUGCCGGAAGGAGCAGCAAAUCUCCCAAGACGAGGAAACGGUCUCCCAACUCCUGGGGGAAAAGGGGGGAAAAAAAGUUUGGGGGAGAGCCAUGGCUUUGCAAAGCCUCCCAGACGAGUGGAGUUACGGGGUCACCAGAGACGGGCGAGUCUUCUUUAUAGAUGAUGGGAAUCUAUUGACCACUUGGCUUCAUCCCAUGUCAGGACAGGCAAUGCAGACAGGGAACAGAUACAGAACAGUGCUGCCUGCUGGGUGGGAACAAGCGUUCACCUUCGAGGGUGCCACUUAUUUCAUCAAUCACAAUGAAAGGGCUACCAGCUUCAAGCACCCAGUGACGGGAGUGGUGCCCAUCGAGAACUGCAUCUUCACCUUGGAGGACAAGCCGAAGCCUGCCAUGUCGUCCCGAGGCCGCGGGGAAGGAGGGAACCGACCGACCAGUAUCGCCAGCGAGAUGUCCAACCAGACUCUGGUAUCGGAAACCUCCGGGGAGCAGAGCCACGGCAGACAGGCGUCCAGGUCCUCGAAGAAAGGGGUCGUCUUCGGCAAGAGGUCAAACUCCAUGAAGAGGAACCCGAAAGCCAACGUUACCAGGCGUGGGUGGCUGUAUAAGCAGGCGAGCUCGGGGGUGAAGUCGUGGAACAAGCGUUGGUUUGUGUUGGCUGAUCGCUGCCUGUUUUAUUACCGAGAUGAGAAGGAGGAGGCUGUUCUGGCCAGUAUCCCACUCUUUAGCUUCCGAAUCAGCUCAGUGCAGCCCACGGACAACAUCGCCCGCAAACACGCUUUCAAGCUGAUUGUAAUCAGACAGGCAGAGGUUUUUCUCAAUAAUGAUCGUUCCAUUGAUCACCAGGCUGAGCACGCAGGUAUCCGCACUUAUUACCUGUGCGCUGAGAACAAGGCUGAGAUGGAGGCUUGGAUCAACGCCAUGAACGAAGCCGCCAGCGUGCAGGCGCAGCCCCCGCAAAGGAUCGAGGCGAGUAGUGAGAAGAGGACAGCGGCAGACGAGAACCACGUGAGCAAUCACAAGCGACUCAUCAAGCCGGACAUGGGCAGGGUCAGGGGGGACGCACACGGGUUCGGAGUUGAGAGGUACGAGAGGAAGACAGACCGCAGGGCGUUGGGCAGGGAGUCGGGCAGGGAGUCGGGCCAGGAGCCCGCUCCACCCAAGGUCAAUGGCACAGUGCUGCCGGAGGCCAUCUCCGACCCCAACAGCCCGGGGCCCGAGCUGCGGAGCGCCGCGGGCAACCACCGUCCCGCCCAGCCCAACGGCCACAACGUGCAGCAGCACCCGUCCCCGGGUAGGCCGGGCAACGCCAACCCACUGCAGGACAACGCCGUGCACCGGCGCGGCUUUGUCCCCCGCACCAGCACUGAGAAGCAGGCGCAGAGGCAGUCCUCGCUGUCGCAGCUCCAGCAGUGGGUGGACCAACGCAGAGGAGGACCACCGUCAGAUGGGUUCAGGAGUCCUCAGGGCUACCACACUCCAACCAGAGGCACCCCGGAUUACCCUGGUCAGUUUACGCCCUAUUACCAGGAGGACUUGUCCCAGUUUUACCAGGUGGACGAGCGGCCGGACAGCAUAUCCUCAGUGCCCAUGUACGACAGGACCACGGUGGUGUGGUCGAUGGAAGACAGGAGCAGGUCCGUGCGGGCGCCCGCCUCCUUCCAGCUGAGAGAUCACCAGGUGUUCAGCGGGCAGGGCUCCCCUGUCUGGCACGGAGGCGGGCACCAGUCGUACGUCAGCGAGAUGGACCAUGUGGCCGAGUCCCUGAGGAGGUUCGCCCUGCAGCCACGCUCCCGCUCCGUGCCUCGCUCCCCCUCACAGGGACCGCUGGUCACCGGUCGCAUGUACUCUCCCGUCAGGUCUCCCAGCGCCAGGAUGGACAGGUUGCCCCCGAGACGGGAGGAGAUGAUGGGUGACCCAGUUUACACUCUCAGACGCUCGCGCAGCAAUAAGUAUGAUUAUCCUGGAGACCGAAGAUCCUUACCAUCGCCAAUGUACUCUUUGCCUUUCUCCGUGUCCCCCUCGCUGCAGGACAGAAUGGCUCCGUAUCAGGACCAGUACCUGAACCCUCUGCACCUCUACAAACCCAACGACUUGGAAAUCGACAAGCUGCUGAGCCGGCUUUGCGAGCAAACCAAGAACCAACGAGAACAGGAGAAGUGGGUCCUGCAGCUCCGAAAGGAGAAGGAGUCUCUGGAGAGAGCCCUGGAAACGACGCAUCGUGAGAUAGCCCUGUUCCGGAGCCAGCCUGCUUACGCUGAGCAGCUGGUGCAGAAAAAGGAGUCGUUACAGAAUAAGCUGGUCAACAUCCGAGGAGAGCUCUCGCAAGCAACCACGGCAUUUGCCAGCACAAAAAUUGAAUGCGAUGCCCUGCAGAUGGAGCUGUCCAUCAUCCACAAUGACAUCUGGCAACAGCUCAACAACACCAUAGGAAUGCAGAAUGAGUUUGACAACAAACACGCUCAGAAACUGUUGUGGAGAAUCCAGGAUGUGAUGGAGGGGCUGAGGAAGAGCUACCCCGACAGGCUGACAGCCGACUCCAUCAAACUGAACGGUACGCGACUCAGCCCUUGGUGGCGAGAGUGUGCGAGGGAGCUGCGGUGUUGGGUGACGAGCGGCCAGGUGGGGACAUUCAGCUCCAACAGCCCCGCCAGCCCGCUGAGCUCUACCAGCCUCACCAGCCCCGUCAGCCCCUUCUCACCCGUCUCCGGCUCUCAGUCCUCAGCUCAGCCCCCGGUCAGUGAGCAAUUCACUGUCGACCCUUCCAGGAUAGAGACCCGCGGAGCUGUGCCAACCAGCCUGGACAACAGCAUGUCACAAGCCAGACAGGACCCGGAGACCGAGAAACAAGGUGCAAAUAAAGUAGGCGUCGUUCCGCCAAGAACCAAGUCUCCUCCUGAGGAACUGUCUCCGUCGCCUUCCUACAGCGCACUUCGCACUAGUGACAAGGACCGUUCUGGAUCUCUGAUACAAGAAAGGCCCAAGAGCGGUGGGUUCCAGAGUGACCCCAAGUCUAAGAUGAGCGUGGAGGAGCAGAACGACCGGAUGAAACGGCAUCAGAAUGGGUCGUUGAGAAACCGGGAGAAGAGGAGGAGCCUCAACCUGCCGCCUGGUCACUAUCUGUCCGCAGACUCCAGCCCCCGCCCCACCAGACCCCGAUUCACCGUCCCUCGACGGAAAACCACAGAGAUUGAUAUCUCCGACCUGGAGGCUGCUGUCAGAGAUGAGAGCUCAGAGAGUUACCACGAGACCCCCAGGGAGGAGAUUGCCCGUCUCAGGAGGAUGGAGCUGGAGCCUGAGCACUAUUCAGUGGAUAUCAACAAGGAGUUGUCCACGCCGGACAAAGUCUUCAUCCCGGAGCGAUACAUUGAGUUCGAGCCUGAGGUGCCUCUCAGUGCUGAGGAGAUGAUAGAGAAGCAGAGGAAAGUGGAGAGGAUCAAGACCCUUAUCGCUAAGUCCAGUUUGCAGAAUAUCGUGCCCCUGACUGAGGGAGUAACGGAGCUGAGCUUGGACCCGGAGCUGCAGCUGCAGGAGCAGGAGAAGAGGAUCGAGAUCUCCUGCACUCUCGCCACCGAGGCCUCACGACGCAGUCGGCUCCUGUCAGUUCCAGGGUCCGGAAUGUCCAGUCCCUCAACAUCAUCCUCUCCCAACCCAUCUCCACCACCUCUGCCCGCGGACGGAAGCCAUUUAAUGUGUGUCUGACCUGGGACGAACUCAAGCUAUAGCCGCCGUUAAGUAUCAUCGAUCGACGUACUAAAGACGGAGACUGGCACCACAUCCCGUGAGAAGUGGAUCGCUGCCAUCGUCAGAUAGAGAGAGAGAGAGAUGCAGAGUGAAGCCCACCUCCCACCCCCCC